UUGUCUAAGGACUGCCACUGGUAGCGUACGCACGACUCGAGAGAAAGGAGGAAGUGUGCCCUUGUGAAAUGCAUGGAGUUGAGGACUAUUCAGGCAGCCAGCGGCAAGUGCAGGUGCCCGAGACAGUCCUACCAGACAGGCGAAUUCACAAAGGCUGAGUGAAGUAAUUGCAAUGUCUGGGCAACAUUAGUCAAGUGCCUUCUUCGCACCGCUACGGUGCCACUGUGUUUUCCCACAGUGCGUUUUAUUAAGAGUAGUUGGACACUAACAGGUAGGGUAUUUGUUUGUGUCGUUGCGGUUGAAAUUCAACGGGUUUAACCAACACAAGUGCGGAUACUACCAUGGAUACUCCGAAGGAUAAAGUGAAGAAACAAGCUAUGAAAUCGAAGUCAACGAAACGGAAAGAAAAGAAGUACAAAUCGGGAAAGGUAUUUCGGCGAAAAUCUUUGAAGUCGCUUGGGAAUUUUAUGAACCGAAUUUUGAAAACUUUGGGCACUUUGGCACACUUUGGCGACGUCGGCCCAGUAGACGCCGAGGAUGAUGAGGGUGGAUUUCGUGACACCACUUUGAGCUCAAACUCAGGGAAUUUCAAUAAAGAGGAUUUCCAGGGCGCCAGGGGAAACGCUUUGAAAAAGAGCGCUACGCUGCUGUCUUCCCAUGGAUCCGUGAAAGAGAGAUUGUCGUGGUGCUAUGGCGACAAAACUCCUGGCGUGCUGGGCUUGAAAAAUCACGGGAACACUUGUUUCAUGAACGCCGUGGUUCAGUGCUUGAGCAACACGGAUCUCUUGGCGGAAUACCUCGGUUUGGAACAGUACAAAUCGGAUUUAUGUGAAAGGAACGCCAAUGGAAUAGUAAAACACGAGGAUCUGGUUUCUGUCAGAGGUGAGGUGACGGAACAACUGGCGGCUUUGGUCCGCGCGCUUUGGACACUGGAAUACACACCGCAACUGUCAGUGGAAUUCAAGAGCAUCGUGUCCAAGUAUGGCUCCCAGUUCCGGGGGAACUCGCAGCACGACGCCCUAGAGUUCCUGCUCUGGCUCCUGGACCGCGUGCACGAGGACGCCAACGACACCGCCAACAACAACAACACCAAGACCAAAGCCUCUGCCUCGGUUCAAGCGGGAGGAGAGACAAUCCCAGUGGUUGGCCCAGUGAGUGCUCAUCAACCGGGGACGCGAUACAGCUUUGUGCAGGAGAACUUUCAGGCCCAGUACAGGUCCUCCUUGACGUGUCCUCAUUGCCUUAAACAGAGCAACACGUUUGACCCUUUCCUCUGCAUCUCGCUCCCCAUCCCACUGCGACAGACCAGACCUCUGAAUGUGACUCUGGUGUUCAGCACCAAGGGCCAGCGGUAUCUGCGUGUGGGCCUGGCCGUGCCUCUGCUGGGCUCCGUGGCAGCUCUGCGCUCCAUCGUGGCUGAGGAGGGCAAGAUCACCCCAGACCAGGUCAUCCUGACGGAGGUGUACCCGAGUGGCUUCCAGCGCUCCUUCUCUGAUGACGAGGACCUGAGCUGCAUCUCCGAGGGCGACGUAGUCUACGCCUUCCAGGCCCCGCCCUCCUACGGCCGCCAGGGCUCUGCACGAGCCGUCUCAGGGUACCACCACAGCCUCCCCUCCUCUCCCUACUCCUCUGGUCCGGAGGGCCAUCGGCCACUGCCCUCCGCCACCAAGUCCUCCGAGUUCCUCAACCAGGGAGGUGGAGGAGGAGGAGGAGGAGGAGGAGGAGGAGGAGGAGGUGGCAGCUCCAAGCUCCUGCUGCUCAUCUGCAACACGGCAGGCUCGGGACAGCAAGCAGUCAGGUUCGGACCUCCGUUCCUGAUGCGUGAGGAGAGGAGUCUGUCCUGGGACCAGUUUCAGCAGAGCCUCCUGAGCAAGCUCUACUACCUGAUGCUGAAUAGCACACAAGCACAGAGUGGGGGCGUCCUGUUCCGGAUCCGUGUUGUGGGCGGGUCGGCGUCCUACAGCUACUUGUCUCCACAGGAGAGUCGGCCCCUUUGCCACCCUGCAGUCGACAGGGCCCUGAAGAUGUGCGGUCCAGGAGGCCCAGUCCAUGUCAAACUCAUCAUCGAGUGGGAGCACAAGGUCAAGGAAUGUCUGUUUGGCAGUAUCCAGGAGGAGGUGGUGAAGGAUGCGGAGAGCGUCAGGGCCACCCAGCAGCUGCAUCUCCAACAGCACUCCUGCACACUAGACGAAUGCUUUCAGCUAUACACCAAAGAGGAGCAGUUGGCGCCGGACGAUGCGUGGAAGUGCCCGCACUGCCAGCAGCUGCAGCAGGGCAUGGUGAAGAUGAGCCUCUGGACACUGCCCAACAUCCUCAUCCUGCACCUCAAGCGCUUCCGGCAGGUGGGCGAGCGCCGCAACAAGCUGUCCACGCUGGUGCACUUCCCCGCCGCCGGCCUGGACAUGGCGCCCCAUGUGGUGAAGAGAAGCCAUAGCACCCGUAACCUGGCCAAUGGAGGGGGAGGAGGAGGGUCCGCCUGGUCCCAGCCACCCAAUGGCACGCUGCCCCAGGACUUCCACUACGACCUCUACGCAGUCUGCAACCACCACGGGGGCAUGCACGGAGGACACUACACCGCGUACUGCAGGAACUCUGUGGACGGCCAGUGGUAUGGCUACGAUGACAGCAGCGUGGAUCUGGUGCCAGAGGAGGAGCUGUGUACGCGCGGGGCCUACAUCCUCUUCUAUCAGAGACGCAACGCCAUCCCCCAGUGGUCCGCCAACAGCUCCAUCAGGGGCUCCACCAGCUCCUCCAUGUCUGACCACUGGCUGAUCCGCCUGGGGGAGAGCGAGCGCGGCAGCGUGGUGUCCAGGAGCUCCACCACCUACCCCUCCUCCGUCCCCGACUCCCCAGAGUCGCCCGUCUUCCCAGUGGAGCCCGCCAAAGAUGAACGAGGGGGUUUUGAGACCAGGCCCUUUGUGCGUGGGAUCCAGGGCCGUAGCGUAAGCAUGCGCAGCCCCACCAAGACCAAGGACACCCUCAGCAAAGUGCUGCCCCUGCGCUGGUCCUUUGGCUCCAAGGACCGCCGCCGCAAGACCGCCACCCCCGCCCCCGAGCCCACCACCACCACCACUCCACCAGCCCCUGCAGAGCUGGUGGAGUAUCUGGAGUCUGGCCGGCGGCCGCGCUGCACCAAGGACCCCAUCAUUGGCCUGGUCAGCAGCAGCCCCUCGUCCCUUAAGGAGGGUGCCUUGGGACAGCAGCGUCCUCCUCCAGCUAGAGCCUCCAUCCCAUCCAGCUCCUCCAGUCUCAGCUGCGUCGGUGGCAGGGGGGGGACGCCUGAUGAGGAGCCCUCCACACCGGACUUCCACAGAGCGCCUCCUGAGGGCCAACGGGUGAGACAGGUGGUGGCAGCGGGGGACAAGACGGGAAGUCUGAGGCGGAGUACCACCACCAGCAUGACGAAGCUGCAGCAGCAGCAAAGAGAGGAUGGUGGGACCAUGGACAGGAGAAGCUCUCGGAGAAACAAGCACACGGACCAGACGAUGAAGAACCAAGGCAGGAGGGACUCUCAUGGCGGCUUCCCACUUCCCAACGCGAGCACCAACUCCAGCCUAAACUCCAGCCUGCAGGACAGUCUGGAGGACACUGCAUGUGACGGAUCAGACAGCAGGGACAGGGACAGGGACAAGAGCCGCUGGAGGAGAGAGCUGCCCGAGUCAAAGAGCCACGACGCCGGCCUGCUGUCCUUCCUGAAAGGCGGCUUUCUGAAAAGGGACUCCAUGCGCAGUAGGUCAAGGGACAGUGAAUGGGGGGGAAGGGCAAGUAACGUCGACACAGACAGCAGCACCAGGAGCAUGUCCAAGCUGUCCCUGUCCAAUGGAGGCACUGCGGAGGGGAAGAACGGCAGCUACAACAGCGGCUUGACCCGCACGGGGCGCCAAAAUGACGAGCUAGCCAACGGGAAAGUACGUAGCGGCGGCGACGACAGGGACAGGAGCAGCAGCAACGCGCUGUUGGACAUCAAGCGCUCCCAGAGCUCCACCAACCUACCCCCCAGCAGGAGCGAGCAGCUGCUACGCCGGAGCGCCUCGCUGCACCGCAAUGGGCUCUCGUCGGGGCCCCGUAGCCUGGCCUCGGGGGGUGGCCCCGACACCUCCAAGGCCUCCUGUAGCACCCUGGGCCGUACAGGGCGUUACAGCAGCACCUCCCUGGGCAGGAAAAGGACAGUGCCUGAGUCCAGCUUCUAAACAUCCACCCCCUACAC